AUGGACGAGUUCAACAAGUGGCUCAACCGGGAGCUCACGCGGGGCGGCAUCCACGGUGUCGACAUCGACACGUUUGCCGCGAUGCUCAUGAUCCUGCCGGCCGAGACGUCGGUGAUUGCGGACGCCAUCUACGCAAACAGCAAGACUAUGAAUGGCGCUCACUUUGCGGAGGAGUUUGUGCGACGCAAGAGGCGGGCCGACCAGGGCAUCGUCGAGAAGCAGCCGACGUCGGCGGGCGGCGAGGGCAAGACGGCGGCGUCGGGCAGCGGGUGGAGCGAGGUCGCCAAGAAGAGCGGCGCCAAGGAGGCGGGCGCUCCGACGGCCGAGACGAACAUGCAGGGGGCCGCGUUCAAGGUUGUGUCGGGACGCAAGAAGGGGUCGAAGAAAUAA